UCAUUUUGUGUAUUAUUAAUAAGUUUACAUAAUAAACUUGGAGAAAUGUGGACAAGGGUACUAUUGUUAUUUUUUGCGGUCUCGAUUUUCGCGUCUAAUUGGGACAUCGUGAACGCCGAAGAUCCUUACCGGUUUUUCACUUGGACCGUCACUUACGGAACGGCUUCGCCGCUCGGCCUCUCUCAACAGGUUAUCCUCAUCAACGGUCAAUUCCCCGGUCCUAGUCUUGAUUGUGUGACGAACGACAACGUAAUCAUCAACGUCGUUAAUAAGUUGGACCAGCCUUUCCUUUUGACAUGGUGAGUAAAUGCUUUUUAUAUUCUUGGAUUUAGGAAUACGGU